CGUGUCAACACUAAUAUGGGCCUGGCUACCUGUCUCUGUUGGAGCUCCCUGUUCCUUGUAGCUGUUCUUGCAGUUCCACGCUCUCCUGCUAACUCAGGCCGCACACCACCUGUCAAAGUGCGUUUGGCAGGAGUCGCGCGCAGGGACAACGAGGGCCGCAUUGAAGUGCUGCACAACAGUACAUGGGGAACUGUGUGUGAUGACGAGGUUGACAUUAAAUUGGCAAAUGUGGUUUGUAAAGAACUGGGCUUCCGGGGGGCCAUCACAUGGGCACACAGUGCCAGAUAUGGAGAGGGGGACGGGCCCAUUUGGUUAGAUAAUGUGCGUUGUGAUGGUUCAGAGAAAUCGCUGAAAGAGUGCAAGUCAAAUGGAUGGGGCGUCCAUGACUGCAAACACUCAGAGGAUCUUGGGGUAGUGUGCAAUCCGGAGAGAAGGCUGGACCAAGUGGUUUCUGGAGGGUCUAGAAGAAGCCCUCCCUCUAGAAGCAAUGUUACCAACUCAAAUCGGUGGCAUGACAUCUACUCCAAUUCAAGGGCCCCCAGGCAGGGGCAAUUAACCAGACCCCCCUUUCAUGAUUGGACUAGCAGUAAAGUGAGGAUUGAGGAAGUCCGUUUGCGGCCAGUUUUGAUGGCUACGAAGAAGCGUGCCCUAGUGACGCAGGGUGUGGUGGAAGUGAAGCAUGCUGGGAGAUGGAGACAGGUGUGUGACAAAGGCUGGAGUAUGAACAGCAGCAGGGUUGUCUGUGGCAUGCUGGGAUUCCCUGAUGCAGUAAAGCCCAACAUGAAGGCUUACAAAAAAAUAUGGGAUGAAAAGGUUAAGGAUCCAUCUACCAGGCUGAGUUUAAUGGCCAAAAAGAAGAGUUUUUGGGUGGAGAAAGUACAUUGCCUUGGUACAGAGCCUGGCCUGGCCGAGUGUCGUGCCCAACUCUCCAUUCCUCACAGUUCUACCCCAUGUAAAAAUGGACGCUAUGUAGUUGUCCACUGCAAACCAGGACCGCAAUUUUCUCGCAUGUCCUCAGGCAGGCCUCAAGCCCCACAUCCUAUCAAGCCGGCAGUUCGUUUGAAGUCAGGACCUCGCUUCGGUGAGGGCAGGGUGGAAGUUUUGCGUGAAGGAAAGUGGGGAACUGUAGUUGAUCAUCUUUGGAAUCGCGUCUCUGCCAGUGUGGUUUGCAGAGAACUUGGUUUUGGUACUGCCAAAGAAGCUCCUACAGGAGCCUACAUGGGCCAAGGAACCGGGCCGAUUCAUAUGAACUCAGUUCAAUGUACAGGAAGCGAGCGUUCCAUUUUGGAUUGCCAUUUCCAACCAGUCCAGCCCUGGACAUUCAAACAUACUCAGGAUGCAUCUGUCAGAUGUAACGUUCCCAAGACGGGUGUGGAGAGCACAGUGCGAUUAGUAGGGGGCAGAGAUGUAGCAGAAGGCCGUGUGGAAGUGCUAAUGGAGGUUGGGGGCAGGAAGCGUUGGGGAGCAGUAUGCAGUGAGAACUGGGGCAUUAAUGAGGCAAUGGUUGUGUGCAGACAACUGGGCUUUGGCUUUGCUGCACGCGCCCAUCAGGAUACAUAUUACUGGCCUGGAGACCCUAAUGCCCAGGAAGUGCUGCUGAGUGGGACUCAUUGUGUGGGCACUGAAUUGUCCAUUCAGCAAUGUCGCCGAAACAGCAAUGUAUACUGUCCCCGUGGAGGAGGACCCAGAGCUGCCGGAGUAACCUGCUCAGAAAUUGCUCCUGACCUUGUGGUGGAUGCACAGCUGGUGCAGGAGUCUGCCUAUCUGGAGGAUAGACCACUUUACCUGCUCACCUGUGCCCAUGAGGAAAACUGCUUGUCUUCUUCAGCCAGCCGCAUGAACUGGCCUAAUGGUCACCGGCGUCUACUGCGUUUCUCCUCCCGCAUCAUGAACCUGGGUAAAGCUGACUUCAGGCCCAAAGCUUCACGAGAAUCCUGGACAUGGCACCAAUGUCACAGGCACUACCACAGCAUUGAAGUGUUUACACACUAUGACCUUCUCACACUCAAUGGAACAAGAGUAGCAGAAGGGCACAAAGCUAGCUUCUGUCUGGAGGACACGUAUUGUCCUGAAGGACUCCAGAAACGCUUUUCAUGCUACAACUAUGGAGAUCAAGGAAUUUCAGUGGGGUGUUGGGAUACAUAUCGUCAUGAUAUUGACUGCCAGUGGGUUGAUAUCACUGAUGUCAGGCCAGGAGAUUAUAUCUUCCAGGUGGAAGUGAAUCCAUCACUGGAUAUGGCUGAGUCAGACUUCAUGAAUAAUGUAAUUCGCUGUAGGUGUAGAUAUGAUGGUCAAAGAAUCUACAUGUAUGGUUGUCAUGCAGGAGAUGCCUAUAGUGCUGAGAUUGAAGACUUGUUUGAACACCAGCGUCAGAUCACUAAUAAUUUCCUCUGAACCGUGUGCAGACAGUACCCGCUGUGAGCUGUUAAACUAUGGACUUAAAAAAUAUAUAUCAUCUGUUUAUUAUUUACAAACACAUUUCCUGCUUGGGGAAUAAAACAAAAGUCAAAAUGCUGUUUAAUUUUCACCUCAGUGCUAAAUAAUUACUGAAAAUGACUAGAGAAGCAGAUUUAUUUAUAUUCACUGAUUAUUUUGUUGAAUGGUGGUGAAUGGGAGUAAAAACGUCAAACUGUAGUAUAGAUCUCUUAGGAUUACAAUAUUUAGGUCUAGACAUGUAUUAUUCAAAUAUAUCAACUGAAUCUUAUUUACUGGGUUCCAGCACAGUGAAUUUUAUUACACUACGUUCAGUAAUAUUCUUUGAGUGUUGCACUUUAUUUAUUGACCAUCAGUAUUCUCAUAGACACUGCCCAAUCUUUACCACGGGGUCGGAUUAGUGGUCUUUGUUUAUUAUUUUGUUUAAUUGUUGUUUUAUUCAGUAUUUAUCCCAUCAUAUUUUUCCAUUUCUUUUAUUCUUCAUUUCCAUCAAGAUGUUACACCUUAUAAUAGGCAUUGUACAGUACAAAACUGCAAAUUAAUUUAUUUAAUGCUUUGUUAUGCUCAUUUUAUAUUUGAAUUGAUGACAUUUUAUUUUUAUUUAUCUAUAAAUUUAAUACACAUUAUUAUGAUAUGAAGUUAUUGUUUUAAUUCCGAAACAUCUUGAACUAUUUCUAAGCCUUGACCCACCAGAAGCCUAAAGCGCAAGAACUAUGCAAGUUGCAUGCAAAGUGUAAAGCUUUACUUAUGGGAAUUGCGUAUGGUCAAGUUUAUAAAGCUAAGUAAAAAUGACUGGAUGGGGAAAAACAAAAUGUUUCAUUGUGCAGAGGCUUAAUAUCUCAGACCUUCAGCAUAAUAUAAAAUCAUUGUUCUUUCCUACUUUUUUUACAUGGCCUAAAAAUCCACCUUAAAGUAGAGCAAUUUUCUUGAAGGAAGUGUAUAUGUAUUUACUGAUGAUGAAAACAUAUAUUGACGAGUACUGUGUUAUUAUAAUCAAUCUUUGGCCUCUUUGUUACCUCAGUAACUUCCCUUAGAUUACAUUUACUAGCAGCCACUAACUAUAUAAAUAUUUUAAACCAUACAUUGUACAUCUCAAUGGCAUAGAGUUUGUUUUUUUUGUUCUUAAAAGCUUGUAAGUUUAAGUGAGCUUUUCACCAGCUUAUACAAAUUGUCUCUGUGAUACACUUUUACCAUGUAUUGUAGUUAUCGUGUUUUAAAAGGUGCCAAAUGACUCACUGUUAUUUUCUUGUAUUGAUUGCUCUAGGAUUGUUUACUUAUACAUUUUUUUUAAUAAUGUACUCUGAAUCAUUUUUUUUCUCCAGUUGAUAUUUAACUGGGCAGCAUCACACAAUACUGUAUUCCCACUUUAAGGAAGCUGAGUGACUUGAUGGUAUUUGAUCCUCAGUUUACACUUUUUUUGAAACCCAAUCUCUGUCUAAACUGAUCUCAGUCAAAACUAAUGCUCUUUUAUCCCAUGUUCUCUCAGGGAUGAACUGUGUGUGUCAUUGGUUUUGUUCAAUACAAUAGACAAAUAUUAAAGGUUCUGAUGCAUACUGAAACAAUUAGAAAUCAAUAGUCCAAGCUAUUUCAGAGGCUGUUGAUCCUGGUGCUGAUUUCUUUCUUUUUUUUUGUUUUGUUUUGUUUUGUUACUUAUUCAUAAAGGUGGCUUCUCACUGGUAGGUAGUCAUUGCACUACUUUUAAGGUUUAUGCAGAGACUGUGUUCUAAUGUGAAUGGAAAUAACUAAUCAGGUGCAAGUCAGCUAAAUGAAUAAAUUAUCAAUAAAUAGGAGUAUAUUUUUAACCAAAAUGUAUGUUUCUAUUUUGUAGUGGUAAACACAAAGCAACAAAACACACAUGACUAUGUACUGUAUUUAUACUCUUUACCUAUAUCUGGUGUAUUAUUUUGCCUUCAUUUUAAAAAAUGUUUUCAUGUAAAUAUAAUUGUUUAAUUGUCUGAAAAUACUCGCUGCCUCUAUUAAUGUAGUAGAACAGGAAGUUUAUUUAAAGGACGCAGCUGAGAAAACUUUCUAAUGAGUGGGUGGAUUUCAGCUCACGGUUUGCACACUGCUUUGGUGCUUAUCACCCAGCAUCAACAUGCAGGACUGCUAGCAUACUGACACCCACUGUGCUCUCAUUUUACUCUUGCAAACCAAAAGUAUGUUCUGUUUCCAAACAUGUUUGCAUAUGGAAUGCCAAAUUCUCUCCACCCUGCCCUCACUCGACAGAUAAAAAUGUUACAAGGACUUUGUGACCAUGCACAAUGCAAAUAAACACAUGGGAAGAUAAA